AACGUUUGAAGUGUCAAAACUGCCAAAAGAAUUAUGCCAAUGUCAAAAGUGUAAUUUUUAGGUGUGAUUCUAAAAUUAUUCUUAGAAAUUACAAUAUUCCAUAUAAAGUAUUUAUUUAAAAGAUGUAUUUUUGACUGGAGACAUAAAUUUGAGCUCUAUACUUACAGUUAAACGCUUAUAAAUUUGUAGGAAGUGUUUUAUAUUGAUAAAAGAUAGUUUAUUUUUUAACUUUGUAGUGUUAUAUUUUUAUUACAAAUGGCAACUGGAACUACUUUGCAAAAAGCCAUUGAAUUAGUCACCAAAGCCACCGAAGAAGACAGAAACAAGAAUUAUGAAGAAGCCCUUCGUCUGUAUGAACAUGGAGUAGAGUACUUUCUACAUGCCAUUAAAUAUGAAGCUCAGGGUGACAAAGCUAAGGAGAGUAUUAGAGCCAAAUGUGUACAGUAUCUAGAAAGGGCUGAAAAAAUUAAAGAAUCUAUAAGGAAAGGGAAGAAGAAGCCAGUUUUAGAUGGAGGUUCAUCAAAGGAAGACAAAAAGAGUGAUAGUGAUGAAGAUGAUGAAGAUCCUGACAAAAAGAAGUUGCAAAGUAAGCUGGAAGGAGCCAUAGUUGUAGAAAAACCACAUGUCAAAUGGAGUGAUGUGGCAGGGCUGGAAGCUGCCAAGGAAGCUUUGAAAGAAGCUGUUAUAUUACCUAUUAGGUUUCCCCAUUUGUUUAGUGGAAAGAGAGUACCUUGGAAAGGGAUUUUGUUAUUUGGGCCUCCUGGUACUGGUAAAUCGUACUUAGCCAAAGCUGUAGCUACAGAAGCAAACAAUUCAACAUUCUUUUCUGUUUCUUCAUCCGAUCUCGUUUCGAAAUGGUUGGGAGAGUCAGAAAAGUUAGUCAAGAAUCUUUUCGAAUUGGCCAGAGCCCACAAACCUAGUAUUAUAUUCAUUGAUGAAAUCGAUUCUUUAUGCUCAUCCCGUUCCGACAACGAAUCAGAGUCAGCCAGGAGAAUCAAAACCGAGUUUUUGGUUCAGAUGCAAGGCGUGGGCCACGAUACUGAAGGUAUCCUUGUCCUCGGUGCUACGAAUAUUCCUUGGGUAUUGGAUUCUGCCAUUCGAAGAAGAUUUGAGAAGAGAAUUUAUAUCCCUCUACCAGAAGAACCUGCCAGAGCUGUUAUGUUUAAACUGCAUUUAGGAAAUACUCAUACAGAGCUAACAGAUGAAGAUAUUAAGGAGUUGGCAUCUAAAACCGAAGGGUAUUCCGGAGCUGAUAUAAGUAUCGUAGUUCGUGACGCUCUUAUGCAACCCGUCCGAAAAGUCCAAACUGCAACUCAUUUCAAAAAGGUCAGAGGUCCUUCGCCGCUUGAUCCCAACACCAUCGUAGACGAUUUGCUGCUUCCAUGUUCUCCAGGAGAUCCGGGAGCAAUGGAAAUGUCUUGGAUGGAUAUCUCAAGUGAAAAAUUAGCUGAGCCUCCUGUUACAGUGAAUGACAUGAUGAGAUCAAUCGCAACCUCCAAACCAACCGUCAACGACGAAGAUCUCACGAAACUCAAAAAGUUUAUGGAAGACUUCGGCCAAGAAGGAUAAAAUUUAGGUAUACACCAGAUUUACUAUUUAAAAGAGAGAUUCUUGUAUAAUAUUUGUAUUCUUUUAAUGCAUAUAUAGAUCGUAAAAACCACACAAAACUUCAACAUUUUGCAUUAAGUGUUAUUAGAAAACAAAAGAUUAAUGUUGUUAUACUGUUGCUUUAAUAUUAUUUUUUUAAUAAAUUGAAUUUUUCUUUUUUAUAUUACGGCCUUAUUAUACAGUAAGAUAGUAUAUAUUUGUAUUCUUAAUUAUAAAUGAAGUUAAUGAAACAUGUUUUUAGAAUAUUCACUUGUUCUUUGUAUAUAAAGUAAUAAAAAACAGAUUGGUU